UCUGGUAAAAGGUUAGCUUGUAUACGACACUUGCCGACAAAAUGUACCGAAUAUCUGUGUUACUUGGAUGGUACUUAUUUAUAGGAUUUUAUGGGAUUUGUAAAAGUGUUGCUGAACAAACUCCAGUGACUUUUACGUUUAAAGAAUAUCAAUAUAAAGAUUCCCCUAAAAACGAAAUGACAUUCCGGGAGUUCGAAACCGCUUGUGAACAGAGCAGUGCCUGUAGCCAUAUGACCGGCCUUGCUCGAACUCGUUGCGUGAGGGAGUGUGUCUCCCCUUCGUGUUACAGGGAACUUUAUCAAACAGAUCCGCUUGAAGAUGGUGAAAUAGACGUGCGAUUGAACUCCUUCAAAGGUUGCUUCAUUCAAAGAAGUGGCAGAACUAGAAACUGAUUUAAUCGUAGCGUCGUCUCUUCUUUUGUCUUGAUCUCUAAUAAAAUUAGAAAGAUACGUAACAAGAUACUAUUCCUAUUAACACUCUUCUAUGGCCUUAUCACUCAGAGGAAAACUUUCAUAAAUUACGUAGCAGAAAACAUAUUAUAAGCAAUAAAAUAUUUCCAAAUUUAUUGUAAAAAUAAUUUACAUGAAGAAAAAAAGAAAGGCAGUGAAGAU